AUGCCUCGGUUGAGUUCCGUUCUCUUCGUCCUCGCAGGUCUCCUGGCCUCGGGGUCCGCUGUUCCUCCCAGCAGCUCGAACUUGAACUCGAGCUCGAUUGUCGACGUCCACUGGCUCGGCACCAAGCCAUCCUACCACGGGGGAACCGCCUUUGGCAUCCCAUGGCCUCGAGGGAAACACCAUCCGAAUACGACCAACUCCGCCAUAUCCGGGAGCGAGAGCGACGAUGGGGAAGAGAUUGCCCUUCAACCUUGGUCUCCCCGAUCGCCUAGGGUCGGAGUCUCGGAAUCGGCAGACGAGAUCCGGGUCAAUACAGGCAAGAUUGUGGUGACUUUCCCCAAGACAGGCAAUGUGAUAAUCCGAAGCAUCCGCACCGCGGGCGGAAAGACUGCGACGUCCAAGACCGAAGUGAAUCCCCCAUCGAGUACUUCAACCUUUGAGAGCAACAUCGAGAAAGUGAGCGUCGGAGAAGACAACGACGUCCGAACCCUUGUCACUGUGCGUGGGAAGCACAUGGUCGUCGGGGAGGGAGAGCACGCACCGUGGCUCCCUUUCGUGCUCCGUUUCUAUCUGUAUGCCGAGUCGGAAGCCAUCGGCCUAGUUCACAACAUCGUUUUCGAUGCAGAUGCCAGGAAGGACUUCAUCGCCGGCCUUGGCAUUCGUGAUACGAAUACCUGGGAUGAAAGAGUCACAAGUCGGCUCCACUGGAUCCCGCCUUGGGACGACUUCAGCCUGAGCCAGCUGUCCCCCGACGGGUUCACCCUAAGGAAGAGGACCAAGGCAGGCCAGAGCUGGGUGAAGAGCCCGGGCGCCACCCGCGCCGGAGGCCUGGCGUACCUCGGCGGUGCCACCGUGGGUGGUCUGGCCAUUGGGCUUCGGAAUUUCUGGCAGCGGUAUCCGACGGGACUCGACGUCAAGAGCGCGGCGGCCACCCGUCACGGGAUUCAGCACUAUUCCGACAGCGCCAAGCAAGCUCGCAUCUCCAACGCGCAGUACCUCAAGCAAUUUUUCUAUCUCUCUGGUGGAGACGAGCGCGUCGGCGAAUUGCUUGAGGACCCAGAAGCAGUGGACGUUGGGCUUGGGACGGAUUACUCCAGCCUAGCUUCGUCGUGGCUAAUCGAGUGGGAGCGCCGUGGGCCCAUAUGGGAGGAGGCUUUCGCAAAGUUGAAUGACACGGCCACGGGGAUUGCGAAGCUGAGGAACGGAUUCGUCUCGGGCUCGGCUCUGUACAACCCCCAAGAGGGCACCCUUCACAAGCCCUACACUGAUGCCGAAAACGAAGGCGUUGUCUCCGUCUCCCAUCUCUCCGCCAUGUUCGGUUUUGCUGGAGGAGGCGUGUGGGAGAGCGUGCGACUGAAGGGGAGUGAGGUACUGGCACCUAUUGACGAGGCGUCAUGGAUAAGCACCAACGAAUUUGCGCAGUAUGGGUGCGUGAAGAAGGUCCCCUGUCGAUAG